AGCAGCAGCAGCAGCAGCAACAGCAGCAGCCGCCGAGGCCGGGCGUGCGCCUGAGGCGCGGCGGCGGCGGCGGCGGCCCUGCGGGCAGCCAGGAGGGGCGGGGGCAGCGGCCGCCGCCGUUUGAUGGAUCCGAGGAUCGCCUGGUUCCAGCCAGAGCAGCUCGGACCGUCCAACAGUCUGUGGAUGCAGAUCUGGGAGACGACCCAGGGACUGAGGAACCUCUACUUCAACCACCACUGUCACAGCAGCGGCGGCGCGAGCGGCGGCGGCGGCAGCAGCACGGCCACCGGCGGGAGCGGCAGCAGCACCGGCAGCCCGGGCGGCGCGGCCCCGGCCCCGGCCCCGGCCGGCAUGUACCGUUCCGGGGAGCGCCUGCUGGGCGGCCACGCGCUGCCGGCAGAGCAGCGGGACUUCCUGCCCCUGGAGACGACCAACAACAACAACCACCACCACCAGCCCGCGGCCUGGGCCCGCCGGGCUGCCGCGGGCCCCUCGGCGUCCCCGGCCCCCUCGGCGUCCUCGUCCCCGCACUCCUCGGCCGCCGUCCCCGCCGCGGAACCCGCCGACCCAGCUUCGGGCAGCAGCAACAAGAGGAAGCGCGACAAUAAGGCCAGCACCUACGGACUCAACUACAGCCUGCUGCAGCCCAGCGGAGGGCGGGCCGCGGGGGGCGGCCGGGCCGACGGCAGCGGGGGCUUGUACAGCGGGACCCCGUGGAAGCGGAGGAACUACAACCAGGGAGUCGUGGGUCUGCAUGAAGAAAUAAGUGAUUUUUAUGAAUACAUGUCUCCAAGACCAGAGGAGGAGAAGAUGCGGAUGGAGGUGGUGAACAGGAUCGAGAGUGUGAUUAAGGAGCUCUGGCCCAGUGCUGACGUCCAGAUAUUUGGAAGUUUUAAAACAGGCCUGUAUUUACCUACGAGUGACAUCGAUCUUGUGGUGUUUGGGAAGUGGGAGAACCUACCCCUCUGGACCCUGGAAGAAGCUCUUCGGAAGCAUAAGGUUGCAGAUGAGGAUUCAGUGAAAGUUCUAGACAAAGCAACUGUACCUAUUAUUAAAUUAACAGAUUCUUUUACCGAAGUGAAAGUUGAUAUCAGCUUUAAUGUACAGAAUGGUGUGAGAGCAGCUGACCUCAUCAAAGAUUUUACCAAGAAAUAUCCUGUAUUACCAUACUUGGUAUUAGUAUUGAAACAGUUCUUAUUACAGAGGGACCUUAAUGAAGUAUUUACAGGUGGAAUUGGUUCUUAUAGUCUCUUUUUAAUGGCAGUAAGUUUCCUUCAGUUACAUCCCAGGGAAGAUGCUUGCAUCCCCAAUACAAACUAUGGUGUUCUCUUAAUAGAAUUUUUUGAAUUAUAUGGACGACACUUCAAUUAUUUAAAGACUGGCAUCCGGAUAAAGGAUGGUGGUUCCUAUGUGGCCAAAGAUGAAGUACAGAAAAAUAUGCUAGAUGGCUACAGGCCAUCCAUGCUUUAUAUUGAAGAUCCUUUACAACCAGGUAAUGAUGUUGGAAGGAGUUCAUAUGGGGCCAUGCAAGUGAAACAGGCCUUUGAUUAUGCCUACGUUGUUCUGAGUCACGCUGUAUCGCCAAUAGCAAAGUACUAUCCCAACAACGAAACGGAGAGCAUAUUAGGUAGAAUAAUUAGAGUAACAGAUGAAGUUGCCACAUAUAGAGAUUGGAUAUCAAAGCAGUGGGGCUUGCAGAAUAGGCCUGAGCCUUCAUGCAACGGAAAUGGUGUUACCUUGAUAGUAGAUACUCAGCAGUUAGAUAAAUGUAAUAAUAAUCUAUCUGAAGAAAAUGAAGCCCUUGGAAAAUGUAGAAGUAAAACUUCGGAAUCUGUUAGUAAACACUCUUCAAACUCUUCAUCAGGUCCAGUGUCUUCCUCUUCUGCUACACAGUCCAGCUCUAGUGACGUCGAUUCCGAUGCGACACCGUGCAAAACCCCGAAACAGCUGCUCUGCCGCCCGUCCACUGGGAACCGGGUAGGGUCGCAGGAUGUGUCCUUGGAGUCCUCUCAGGCAGGCGGGAAAAUGCAGAGCACCCAGACCACUAACAUAUCCAACAGCACCAACAAAUCCCAGCCUGGAUCAACAAGGCUCUUUCGUUCUUCCAGCAAAGGCUUCCAAGGUACAACCCAAACAAGCCAUGGUUCCUUGAUGACAAACAAACAACAUCAAGGCAAAUCAAAUAAUCAGUAUUACCAUGGCAAAAAGAGGAAACACAAGAGGGACGCCCCCCUCUCAGACCUUUGUAGAUAGUCGGCGUUGUACGAUGGACUGUCUUCUGUGUGCAAUGAUCUCAUGCUCAGGACAGUUGGAUAGGGACUCCUGGGAGACAUUCGGGAGCCUUACACUGUUCAGACGUUGAUUUAGCAACUGCGUUUUUUCCCAGCUCGCCACGGAAUGGAUCAUGAAGACUGACAACUGCAAAAACAAAAAGCAAGCAAAAAAGGGGAAAAAAAAGGCUGCUCAUUUGAUAAGUCAUAUGCUAUAACAGGGUCAUUUUAAGAUUUAAAGCUUGAAUGUAAAAUAAAUCUAUUUCUCAUUGGCUUUAUGCAGAGUUAUAGGGAAUAGUAUUCAGCGGGUAGGGUGAUAGAAACAAGAAACAAUUUCAGAGGAUGGGGUGGGGAAGGAAAACACAGGUAUCUUAUAGGAAGUCCAGAUUUCAAAGGGGAAAGUGAUCUGUGCAUGUUUUUUUUUUUUUAAUAUUUUUGCAUAUAUUUACCAUUUUAUUGUGUGUAUAUAUAGAUGACCAUAUAGGAAAUUGUUAUUUGUAAUAGUGGAUUUGUUAAUACUUUUUACAUAACAUUACUGUUUAAAUUGUAAACAGAUUUUUCUCAGGAUUAGUUUGAAAAAUAAUCUGAAUUGUCAUCUUAACAUCCAUCUAUAGGGAAGUGAUUAGUUCUAUUACUCAAUUUGUUUCCUCAACAUUGAAAUGACUUAAUAGAACCCUUGUGACCUGCUGCAAAAAUUUUCCUCUCUAAAGAAAAGGUUAUGGUGGCAAAUGACGUUUACUUUAUUUUGUAAAAAAAAAAAAAAAAAAAAAAAAUGUACUAUGUACUUUUGUGUAAACACUGAAAAAUCUCUAGUCAUCUCUAAGAAUUAACUUGCGACUGUUUUCUAUAGUGCUGUCGUCUUGGGCAAUGGGCAAUUACAUGACUUUGUGUUUGUUUCCUUUGCAGUCUUUUUUUUUUUUUUUUUUUUUUCUUCCUAAUAGGAAAAAAAAAAAAAAGGCCACCCACGUCUGGUCCCAUUCCUGUUGCAGUGAAACCUCGAGUUCCACAGACGUUGCAUGCUGGCUCCUCUAACCCUGUGUGCUGCGUGUGCUUGUUUUUCUCAUCUCUUAUUCUUUUUUAAAUUCAUGCUAAACUACUGUGGGAGAGAAUAACUGUAAACAGCUUUAAUUAAAUCAUACUUAUAAAAAACUAUUUUCUUAUACUCCACUUUAUGCUUUUGGUAUUGUUGAUCUUUAAAAAUUAAAUGGUCUUUGAUAAUGGAUCUAUUUUGUAUUGCCUUAUUAAGACCAAAUAACUUCUUGUCAU